AAGCCUUUGAGGUUGUGGUCCGGCAUGCCAAGAACUAUACCAACACCAUGUUCAGAAACCAGUACUCCAGUAUGGCCCCCCAAACCUUCAAAUUUGUGGGUAAAUUUUUCACAGAUGUCUCCCUCUACAUCCUUGGCUCUGACAUCCAUGUCAAUGAUAUGGUCAACGAACUCUUUGACAGUUUGUUUCCUGUGAUCUAUUCACACCUGAUUAACCCUGGCUUCCCUGAGGUCUCCUUGGAAAUGGCUGAAUGCCUUCGUGGGGCAAGGCGGAACCUCCAAGCCUUCGGACAUUACCCAAAGAUCAUCAUGACCCAGAUGUCCAAGUCACUGCAGACAACUCGAGUCUUUCUCCAGGCCCUGAAUCUCGGAAUUGAAGUGAUCAACACAACUGACCAUUUAAAGUUCAGCAAGGACUGUGGCCAGAUGCUCCUCAAAAUGUGGUACUGUUCUUAUUGCCAGGGAUUGGCGAUGGCCAAACCUUGUGCUGGCCACUGCAGUGCCGUCAUGCAAGGAUGCCUCGCUAACGUUGUAGAGAUAGACAAAUAUUGGAGAGAAUACAUCAGCUCCCUAGAAGAGCUUGUGAAAGGCAUGUAUCGGGUCUAUGAUAUGGAACAUGUCCUACUUAGUCUCUUCACCCUGAUCCGAGACGCCAUCCUGCAUGUUCAGAAGAAUGGAGGAAAACUCACUGCCACA